AUGAAAAAUUUAAAAAUAUUAUUAUUAUUAUCAAUAUUAUUUAUAAAUAUAGUAUUAUCAGAAAGUGGUACAUAUAAUGGGCCACAAUAUUUAAAUGGUAUAAAUGCAGGAUAUAAAAGUGGAUGGUCAAAUUCAGAUUUAGGACCAUUGAUGGGGGAAGCAUCAAUUCGUUCUCAAAGAAUGAAAUUCCCAUGCACAUUUUUCAAACAAUGGGGAUAUAAAAUUCUUUAUGAUAAUGAUAGUUUUGGUAGUUCAAAAAGAGCAGGUCAAAGUAAUUUCACAGCAUUUAUAACUUUUGAUCAAAAUGAUGAUUCAGCAGUACCUUCAAGUAUUUAUCAACCAAUUUGGCUAGAUAAUGGUAAAGUCAAUCAAGCUAAUGAAUUUGCAUAUUGUGUAUCACAAAUUGUAUCAACUUACAAGAGUGAUAUUAAAAUCUAUGAAAUCUAUAAUGAACCAGAUUGGGUUUCCGAUUGGAAUGUAGUUUCAACAUGGGCAACUAAUCCACCAAGUAAUGCCCAAUUGGCAAGAUUCCAAGGUGAUAUUUUUACAUAUGUUCGUUUAUUAAGAAUAUCAUGGGAAGUUGCAAAAUCAAUUGAUCCAACUUGUUUCAUUACUGUCGGAGGUUUAGGUUACCCAUUAUUCUUGGAUGCUGUAUUAAGAUAUGGUGAAAACUCUUCUGUAACCAAUCCAUCCUUAUUUGGAAAGAAUUAUAUUGAUGCAAUUUCAACUCAUUUCUAUCCAAUGUAUGGUACUUCAAAAACAAAUUCCGAUGCAUACUUAUUGGCAUAUACCGAUUUACAAAAUAGUUUCAGAAAAGUAACAAAUAAAUAUAACUUCAAUCCAUCAGUUUGGAUAGUAACUGAAACUGGUGUUGCAACUAAAUCUGGUACUGGUUAUUAUGGUAGUUCUGCUUUGGCUCGUAAUUAUUUCUUAAAAUUACCAACUAUUUCAACAUUGGUAGGAGUAUGUCAAAAUCAUAUCUUUAUAUUGGGUGAUACAAAUUCUGGUACCGAUGCUUUUUCAAAUAUGGGUUUAUUCUAUGACUAUCAAACACUUGCAAAGGAUAAAGCAGUUCUUAAAGAUUCCUCUAAAUCUUUAGUUACUUGGGAUCACCAUUUGUUUGAUAAAACAUUAGAUUCUUCAAAAUCUCUUAAAGGUUUACCAAGUGGUGUCAUUGUUUAUGCAUAUAGCAAUCCAAGCUCAACAUGUUAUUUAAUUUGGGUAAACUCUACAAACUUUAAAACUGAUGAAGAUACAACCCCGAUUGAAAUCGAAUUGGAUGCAGAUUUCGCUUCUGUUUACAACUAUCAAAAUAUAAAACAAACCAUCUCAUCAAGUAAUAAUAAAGUUAAACUCACUAUUGAUUCAACUCCACAAUUCGUUUACUUGGAUUAUCAAGGUCCUGAUUCUGGUGAAAACCCAAGUAAUUCUCCAAUUAUUAAUUUUGGUUUCAAUUUAAUAAUUUUGAUUAUAUUUAUAAAUUUUAUUUUCUUUAUUUAA